UUGAUUUUAUUUUUGUUCUAUAGAAAAAUCGGUAAUAAUCAAUAAUCAUUUGAAUGCCAUUGUCAUUUGACGAUUACCAGAAUCAUAUAACAUAAAUGUAUAGAUUAAUGAAAUCACUACCAAUAAAAUGGCAGCACCGGCAGAACCAUAGAAUAAACUUAUCCAUACAGACAUUGAAGACAAUAUUAUGGUUAUAAUUGUAAAUAUUAAUGAAUAAAGAAAAUGUUGUUUUAUAGCACCAAUUAGGCCAAAAAUUAUCGAUAUAAAUGAUAUUAUUGUCCAGAUAAUAUGUGAAAUAUCUGAUGAUCGAAAUAGUCCUACAAUAUUCAAUAUGAUCAUCAAUAUUAAAAAUAUGAGUAAUGAAACACGAAUAAUUUGAUAACCGAUACCGAAUCGAUUUGAAGCCAUCAUACACAGUAUAUGAAAAAUUUUGAUUUUGAUUGAAAUUGAAUUGAUUUUUUUUUCCCAUACCAUGGCCUAUCCACUGUACAUUAUAUUGAUUGUAAUUCAAUUGUUGACAAUUGUUCCUUAUUUCGAACAACAAAAUAAAACACCCACUUUGUUCAGAAAAUGAAAAUGAAAAAGAAUUCAUUUGGAUUUUGCGCCAUUGAACGGAGAAAAAAAUUUUCGAUAAUAAAAUGGUCCAUCCAAUUCCGGAUACCGAUUCAUUCAAUGUUUAGACAUCAGAUCAGAUCAGUUCUGGAAAUUUGAAAAAGUGUUGCCACCAUUCAUUCAUUCAUUCAUUGAUUCAUAGUUAAAGUUUUGAUAUUUUGCGUAUGUCAGCUACCGGUUUCAAAAUAAUGGCAUCAUUAGCAUCGGCAAAUCGAUUGGAGAAAAAAUUUGCCAUACGUAGCUAUAGUGUUGAGCAUGGCUAUCCAUCACGUCGAAGAUCAUUAGUUGAUGAUGCUAAAUUUGAGACACAAAAAAAUCGUGAAGCCGUACGUUCAUGGAUCGAAGAAAGUCGUAGUGCAUCACAGGAUUUUGAUCUUUCCGAAGAGGAGGUUAUUGUAGCGGAAGAAACACGACAAAAAGAUGGCGAACAGAAAACGGAUGAUAUGUUGAAAAGAAAAAAUCUAAUGAUUGCAUUGCCGGCCAAUAAUGGUCUGGAUAAUUUGCCAAGAAUAUUACGAUUGAUGCAGGCAACACAGGCCACAAUUGAACAUUUGGAAAGUCGACAGAAUGAAAAAGAUCGAAAAUGUUUCGAUAUAUUCAUGUCGGUCAUGAUUACACCGGCAAAUCUGUUGACAUUUAUGAAAUCAGCACGUCAAGCUGGACUUGGUGAAGUAUCAUUGUUGCGUGAAAAACUUAUAUCAGUAAAAGAUCCAUGGUUUCCACGUCAUAUAAGCGAUCUGGAUUUCUGUACACAUAUUAUGACCAAAUAUGAACCAGAAUUAGAUAGUGAUCAUCCAGGAUUUUCCGAUGCAAUUUAUCGUGCACGUCGUUUAGAGAUUGCAAACAUUGCAUUUGAUUAUCGAUAUGGUAAUCCAAUACCUAGAGUUAAAUAUACAGAAGAAGAAAUUAAAACCUGGGGCAUUGUAUACAAAGAAUUGCUACGAUUAUUUCCUACACAUGCAUGUAGUAAACACAUUGAAGUGUUUAAACUAUUGGAACAAGAAUGUGGCUAUGCACCGGAUAAUAUACCACAAUUGGAAGAUGUUUCACGUUUUCUUAAAAAACGAACUGGAUUUACAAUAAGACCAGCGGCUGGCCUAUUGACUGCACGUGAUUUUCUUGCCAGUCUUGCUUAUCGUGUAUUUCAAACAACACAAUAUAUGCGCCAUCCAAGUGAACCUGAUCAUUCACCUGAACCAGAUUGUGUUCAUGAAUUAUUGGGCCAUAUACCAAUAUUGGCUGAUGAAAGUUUUGCCGAUUUUUCACAAGAAAUAGGAUUAGCUUCACUUGGUGCAAGCGAUGAAGAUCUGGAAAAAUUGGCCACUCUAUACUGGUUUACCGUUGAAUUUGGUCUUUGUCGUGAGAAUGGCCAGAUACGUGCAUACGGAGCCGGAUUAUUAUCAUCAUUUGGUGAACUAAAACAUUCAUUGUCGAACAAACCAGAAUUACGAGAAUUUGAUCCGGAAAAAACGGCCAUACAACCAUAUCAGGAUCUGGACUAUCAGGAAAUCUAUUUUGUAGCCGAAAGUUUUGAUGAUGCAAAAGAAAAAUUUCGAAAAUAUGUAGCCGAUAAAUUACCACGUCGUUUUGAAGUAUCAUAUGAUCCAUAUACAGAUCGGGUACAUGUUAUUGAUUCGGUUGAAAAAAUGGAUCGAUUGGUUGGAAAAAUUUCCAAUCAAAUUGAACGUUUGCAUAGUUGUUCAUCGAAAUUGCGUAAAAUUUUCAAUUGAAAUUAUAAUCACAUGAUUAUAAUCAAAAUACUCAAAUUGAAUUGAAUUGAAUUUUCAUCUU